AUGUAUCGUGGAGAAACUGGAGCGGAUGGAGGUAUUCGGUCCUUUUGGGCGAGACUCGAGAGACGAUGUUUUUGGACGGUGGAGUGGAGAGUAGAGAGGGGAGAGGGGAGAGGGGAGGGCAGCGAGGGCGACCGACGAGCGAUGGGUUUGGCUGCGGCGGGCGAGUGUGCAGGCAGGUGCCGUUCAGCGGGAGGACUGGGACUGGAUCCCUAG